AUGAAUAUCUCAGCAAUCCAGGCCAAUCUCUCCCAAUCUUUCCGAAGCCGUCGACCGGAACUGGUAACGCUGGUGUCGGUUUUCACCGUCGCCGGUGUCACCGGCGUCGUUUUAUCAUCCUCACUGGUUUUGACCAUCGUAACGCGCCCGAAAUUGCGCACAGGUUCCGGAAUCCUCAUCGCCCAUCAACAGCUGCUGCAUGUUCUACAAACCGGGGUCAGCAAUCCCUUCUACAUUGUCGUUGGGUGGGCCGUGUGGCUGGGCGGUGUCUCCAUCACCGGGAUCGACUGCACCAUUGCGCACUUCUUCUGUCAAGUGUUCAUUUGCGUGGAGACAUGGAGCUCGGUGUUCCUGGCGGUUAACCGCUUCGUCGCGCUAAUCUACCCGCACCAAUACCGGCACAUUUCAUCGAAUGCUGCCGUUGCCGGGUUUAUAGUGGCCGCGUGGUGCAUCAGUGCCGCUAUUGAAAUCCCAGCGCUCCUGGGAAUCGGGAGUUAUUUCGGGAUGCGGCAGUUUGACUGUGGAUAUAUCCGCGUAACCGAUCACAAUAUUGUCGCCAUGCAUGGUGUUGUGGGGAUCUAUUUUCCGUUGGGGCUGCAAGCGUUCCUUUAUGCUGCUAUUCUUAUCAAUCAUCGCCAAAAAGAUCAGGGCGGACGAGUCACCAGGGUGCAGAAAAAACGGUUUGAAUUGUUUCGGUUGUUGUUCAGCUCUUAUUUGUGGUAUGUUGCCUGCUACUUGCCAUUCAUGGUGACGAUCUAUGGAUUACCCCGUUUUUUCUUCGCUGAUAAGUUGCGUGCCGGCUGGUUUUUGACAAUGCAGGAAAUCGGAUACGCUGGAAGUCCGGUAUGA